AUACUUUCCGGGUUUUAGCAAUAUCCUCAUCAAAGGAAGUAAACAAUGUCUGACGACGGAAAUGAAAGUAGAGACAACAAAACCACAGAAACGGAAGAAAAAAGCCAACCAACAAGUCCUAGUCAUGCUGCUGAAACAAAAAUUGAUGUACUUCUGAAGCCAGCAGGAGACGCUCCCAUAAUGAAGAAAAAGAAAUGGGCGGUGGAUAGAAAUAAACGUAUUGGCUGGGUUGGAGAAUUUAUUAAGAAGUACCUCAAGUUAACUCCCCAGGACUCAAUGUUCCUGUACGUGAACCAAUCCUUUGCUCCUACACCGGACACUGAAGUCGGCACUGUAUUUGAUUGCUUUGGAAGUGAUGGGAAGCUCGUACUACAUUACUGUAAAACCCAGGCCUGGGGCUGAAGCACCGCAGCAUGCGUCUACACACGGAUUGGAUAAUGUGAACCAUUUUAGCAUGAUAGCGGUGUUUGACUGAUAUUGCAGCAGAUAAUCGCAUGCUAUUUACCAAACAUUUCAGCAUUCACUGUGGACAGUCGAUAUGAAGAAUGAUAGUCUAUGCUGUGAUAGUAAUUUUUAAAAAAUUUAAAUGAUGAAUAAAUAUUUAUUGGUAAAAA